CGCCCCGCCCCGCGAGCCGCGCAUGCGCGGUGCCCUUUGUGUCGGGCGGGCGGGCGGGCGGCGCGGGUCAGGCCGGGCCGGGCCGGGCCGUGCGAGCGCCGCCGCCGCCGCGGGGCGGGGAGGGGGCACCGCCGGCUCCGCCAUGGUGAAGAAGCGGAAAGGCCGUGUCCUUAUCGACUCCGACACCGAGGACAGCGGCAGCGAGGAGAACCUGGACCAGGAGCUCCUGUCAUUGGCCAAACGGAAACGCAGUGACUCUGAAGAAAAGGAACCACCUGUGAGCAAACCUACAGCAUCUUCAGACUCUGAGACAUCAGACAGUGAUGAUGAGUGGACUGUUGGAGGUUCUAAAAACAAAAAAAAGGGAAAAGCGGGUAAGGCAGAGAAGAAAGGAGCCAUGAAGAGACAGAUGAACAAAGCUGCCUCUUCCGGCAGCUCAGAUAAAGACAGCUCAGCUGAGAGCUCUGCACCUGAAGAGGGAGAAGUCUCUGACUCAGAAAGCAACAGCUCCUCAUCUAGCUCAGAUUCAGAUUCUUCAUCUGAAGAUGAGGAAUUCCAUGAUGGCUAUGGAGAAGACCUGAUGGGAGAUGAAGAGGACCGAGCUCGACUGGAACAAAUGACUGAAAAGGAGAGAGAGCAGGAACUGUUUAACCGGAUAGAGAAGAGAGAAGUGCUAAAGAGAAGAUUUGAAAUCAAGAAAAAACUAAAAACAGCAAAAAAGAAAGAAAAGAAAGAGAAAAAGAAAAAACAAGAGGAGGAGCAGGAGAAGAAAAAACUCACACAGAUCCAGGAAUCCCAGGUCAUGUCACAUAACAAAGAGCGGAGAUCAAAGCGGGAUGAAAAACUAGACAAGAAAUCUCAGGCAAUGGAGGAGCUAAAAGCAGAAAGAGAGAAAAGGAAGAACAGAACAGCUGAAUUGCUUGCAAAAAAACAGCCAUUAAAAACUAGUGAAGUAUACUCUGAUGAUGAAGAGGAGGAGGAGGAUGAUAAGUCUAGUGAGAAAAGUGAUCGCUCAUCCAGAUCAUCAUCCUCUGACGAAGAGGAAGAGAAAGAAGAAAUUCCUCCCAAGUCCCAGCCAGUGUCCUUGCCUGAAGAACUGAAUCGAGUACGGUUGUCACGGCACAAGCUGGAACGCUGGUGUCACAUGCCCUUCUUCGCCAAGACAGUCACUGGCUGCUUUGUCCGCAUUGGCAUCGGCAAUCACAACAGCAAACCUGUUUAUCGGGUUGCUGAAAUAACUGGUGUGGUAGAGACUGCAAAGGUUUACCAGCUUGGUGGCACACGGACAAACAAAGGACUACAGUUGCGGCAUGGCAGUGAUUCACGUGUGUUUCGCUUGGAGUUUGUCUCAAAUCAGGAAUUUACUGAAAGUGAAUUUAUGAAGUGGAAGGAAGCAAUGUUCUCUGCUGGCAUGCAGCUACCCACACUAGAUGAGAUAAACAAGAAGGAAGUGUCCAUCAAAGAAGCCCUCAACUACAAGUUUAAUGAUCAGGACAUUGAAGAGAUUGUGAAAGAGAAGGAAAGGUUCAGAAAAGCACCUCCAAAUUAUGCCAUGAAGAAAACUCAGCUAUUAAAGGAGAAGGCUAUGGCUGAGGAUUUGGGGGACCAAGAUAAGGCCAAGCAGAUUCAAGAUCAGCUUAAUGAACUUGAAGAGAGAGCAGAGGCUCUGGAUCGUCAACGAACAAAAAAUAUUUCUGCAAUCAGUUACAUCAACCAGAGAAAUAGAGAGUGGAAUAUCGUUGAGUCUGAGAAGGCUCUUGUGGCUGAAAGUCACAGCAUGAAAAACCAACAAAUGGACCCCUUUACUAGGCGGCAGUGCAAGCCCACAAUAGUGUCUAAUUCCAGAGAUCCUGCUGUCCAAGCUGCCAUCCUUGCCCAGCUAAAUGCAAAAUAUGGAUCUGGUGUGUUACCAGAUGCUCCAAAGGACAUAAAUAAGGGUCAAGGAAAAGAUAAAGAUGUGAACUCUAAAUCAGCUAGUGACCUCUCAGAAGAUCUUUUCAAAGUGCAUGACUUUGAUGUAAAGAUUGAUCUUCAGGUUCCCAGUUCAGAAUCUAAGGCACUGGCCAUCACCUCCAAGGCUCCUCCAGCAAAAGAUGGUGCCCCUCGGCGAUCAUUGAACUUGGAGGACUACAAAAAGAGACGGGGGCUUAUUUGAGCAUGCCCGCUCUGCUGCUUCUGAUCCUGCAUGCUCCAUGAUGAUGUCCUACUUUUUCUUCCUCCCUUUUUCAGUUUUCCCUUCUGGGUUGGAGCAGCAAUGGAGCUGGGAAAAGACUCUUUAAAACUGCCAGUCAUCUGUAACAUAAACCAUUCAACUAUUUACUGUAUAGACCUCCCUUCUUGCCCUUCCCUCUGCUCCCCUCACAAAUGUGGAUCUGUGCUAUUUGGGGUUUUCCCAUUUCUUUUAGUUUGAGUUUUGUUUUUAUUUUGUUGAUGCAGCUCGUUGGUCCACUCUGUGUUCAGUAUUAGCCUGAGGUCUGGAUUUCCAUAGGAAUCUCUUGGCAGUCGCAGAAUCAGCACUUGGUGAUCUCCCCUUACAUACCACCACCAGGCACAGUGAAUAAACAUUGGCGCAAGACCUUUGUGGCCAGAAGGUCAUCUGCACUUUCUCCCUCUUCUUCUUCCUCCUUCAUCCUAGCUUUGGAGAAGGGAAUCUUCAAAAACUGGCCUAGGUUCAAAGUGUAAAUUUUUUUGGGAGGGUUGUGUGACUUUUUUUCAGGUGUUUUUUAUCAUUUUUAAGCUGCAGUACUAUUUGUAUCCGUCUGUCACAGUUCUUUACGGCUGUUUGAAUUUCUACCAGCUGUAUUUGAGCAUCUGAAAUUGCAAGAAAGAAACUCAUUAAAUGUGAUUCUUCUUACUAAAAUGGCUUGGCUGAUAUAGCUAUUUAACUUUAUGUUCUCUUUUUUAAUUACACUUAACCGAUGAGAAAGAGGUACACAGCUCUUAAUGUGGGACUUGUCAUCUAUAGCACAUCCAGACUCUACUGCUGUCACUGGGUGAAGUAGCUUUUUAUGGGGUGAUCCUGGGGAGCUCAUUUGGUUGGGCUUUAGUUUCUUCUCCAAGCCUUCAAUAUUACAUAUUUGUUAAGUUAUCGUGUCUUCAUGGACUCCAGCUUACUUUGUUUCUUGCUUUCUGAACCAUUUAAAUGGGGCUUCUAUCAAUAAACAAUAAUUUUUUUAAAAAUCACAUUCUAUGGAAGGGGAAGGACAUAAUAGAAAGAUCAGUGGGUAAUAUGAGAGGUAGAUGAUGGACAUUCUUCAUAUAUAAACUGGUACAAGUGAAGUGCAACACAAGCACAAGAAUUAUAUGGCUUUAUGGAAUAUUUGACUAGGCACAAAUUGACAGCUAAAUUAUCACUCAGGUGUAAAAAAGAAAAAAAUCAAAUGUAAAUAUAAGUGACAUUUAACAAAGAACUUUUCUGAGCAAGAUACAACUGACUAUAUGAAACUAAGAACUAAAUUAAAAGAGAAGUCUAAAAGGUUAGAGACCCUCGUUCAGGUAAGCGUGUAAGCACGUGUGUGUUCCUACUCAGGCCAGUACAUAUAUAACAACUUAAGCACUGAACUGGAUAGGAAUGUUUCUGAGGGACUCUAAAGAGGGAAAAUGCAGUGCUCUUCUUGUGUCAGAGCACUGCUGUUUUUCUGAAAUCAUACACUGGUUAUCUUAAAACCUGUGUUUGAUACUUUCUUGUUUGAUUUUUAAUGAAAAUUUAAUCUAGUUCUUACUUAACUUUCUCUUCCUUUUUUUUAACAGUAGCUUUAAAGAAACAUCAUGUAAUGUGUGCAGAUUGAUUCUAUGAACUGUGUAUAAAAAGAAAAUCAACGUAUGAAGCCUACCAUGUAAACAAAUAAAUAUAAAUAUUUCAGUACUUAUUUACUGAAUAGUCCAUAGUUCUAGAACAUGUGGAUUAUUCUGUAAAUAUGUAAUCAUAGACUACUUUAUUUGGUGGCCUAUUUUAGCAGCUUCUCUGGAGUUACAGUAGGCUGUCACAUAUACAUACUUAUAACUUUUUAAGAUUUGAUUUAUGGGAUGUACCAUCAUAACUUCAUAGGAAACGUGAUUCACUGUGUAGAUAAGCAUUUGAUAUGAUUUGAUUUUUUUCAACAGCUAAAGUGAUUUGUGAUAAAAAAAGUAGAAAAUUUACUUUGCAAUAGACAGUUUUGAAAAUAAUCACUCUCUAACGGUUUGCAGAAAUAAUUGCCAAAUCAAACAGUUCAGGCACUGAUUUUUCCCACAGAAAUGCCUCAGAGCUCUGAGAUGCAGUGACAAGUGGUCUCUAAAGGUAAACUUAACCCAAAUACAGUAUUUUUAAUAUGCUUGGCCUUGAUGUAUUAGUUUUAGUUAACUUCUACAUUUGGUAAUGCAAGACUAUCUAUAAAACACCAAGAUGUGGCUGAGACCCAUACAGUGUUGCAAGUAACUUCAGUAGACAAAACUGAAAGAAAACAUGGGAGAUGCAGUGAGUUUGGAAUGCCAAUCUGAAUGAUGGACUAUGUCCUAGUUAUCUGCAACCUUCUCAAAAUCUCUGGGUUUUGCUAAAAUUCUGUUUUUCAGAGAAGGCAACCAUCAGUAAAUUAUGCAAACCUCUUAUAUUGAGAAUAAGACAUGAAGAAAGUACUCUUGAAUAGUUACAUAAUUGUAUGAAAGCUGUAAUCUUUUUUUCCUUUAAGUGCAUGUAAAGGUGAGUGACUACACCUCCCACUUGUUAGAGAGGGAGAGAUUUGUUUACUUUGUUUCAUUGGUGUCCUAGCAUAGUUCAUCACAAUUGUACAGACUUAUAUAAAUAAACUUGGUUUGUUGGUUUAA